AUGACAUCUCCUUUGGUUACUUUGAACAAUGGCAAUAAAGUUCCUCAACUUGGAUUGGGGGUUUAUCAAACACCAGCCUCAGAUGCUGGUAGAGUGGUAUUUGAUGCAUUAGAACUUGGUUAUAGACAUAUUGACUCCGCAGCCAUUUAUGGUAAUGAACGUGAAGUAAGUGAAAGUAUUGGUAAAUGGUUGAAAUCUUCAGGUGUUCCAAGAUCAGAAGUGUUUUAUACUACCAAGAUUUGGAAUGCUGAUCAUGGUUAUGAAAAGGCUAAACAAGCUAUUAAAGUAUGUCUUGAAAAAGCCAAAUCAAUUGAUUAUAUUGAUAUGAUUUUAAUUCAUUCUCCAAUGUCCGAUAGAGAAGGUCGUUUAGGUACUUGGAAAGCUUUACAAGAAUCAGUUGAAUCAGGUAAAGUUAAGAACAUUGGAAUUUCUAAUUAUGGUAUACCCCACAUUAAGGAAUUAUUGAAUUAUUCCGAAUUAACAAUUAAACCUGUUAUGAAUCAAUUUGAACUUCAUCCUUGGCUUGUAAGAGAAGAAUUGAUUAAAUUUUGUCAGGAUAAUGAUAUUUAUGUUGAAGCUUAUUCUCCAUUAGCCAGAGCUAAAGCUUUUGGUAAUCCAACCAUUGUUUCUAUUGCUGAUAAAUAUAAAGUUACCGAAGCUCAAAUAUUGAUUAAAUGGUCACUUGCAAAAAAUUUCAUUACCUUACCUAAAACUGUUAGUAAAGAAAGACUUGCCAGUAAUUUAGAUGUUUUCUCCUUUGAACUUACUGAAGAUGAAUUGACUAAAAUUGAUUCAUUGAAUAGUAAUUUAUUAACCGGUUGGAACCCUACCGAAUAUCCUAUUGAUUAA